AUGUCGUUGGCACCUUACUACUAUAGACCUCUUACGCCUCCAGAGGCAGUGGGUGCUGCUGGUCAGCAUCGCCAUAUUCGCAAUCUGUCCAGCUCGUCGUACUGCACAGUGGACACCUCACCCGCGUCGAUAAUCAGUGCUAGUAAUUACACUCCUACCCGAUCACCGGUUCUCCGUCAAAAUGGGCCGACCUUACUUCCGAAGAUCAGGACUCAGGACUCCUCCCUGGAGCCCUCAUUCGCCCAUCGACCGUCAGUCCACCGACGAACGUCAUCGUCCAUCAUCCCCACCGCUAAACACGCGAGGCCGGUCAUGUACAGGAGUGCAACAGAGCCUGUCGAGUGCCCACCAAUGAUGUCGCCGGUCUCGAAUGCUUCCUACUCGCGAUCGAACUCGCUGAACCCUUCUCCAGGCCUGUCCAAAGUACAGCUCAAUGUGCCUGUCAAGACGCAUUCCCGCUCGACCUCGGCGUCGAGCAUUAACAGCGAUGUCCUGAAUCGGUUCGGUUAUCCCACCUACCGCCACAUGCCUGUCUACGUCUCCCACAAUCAGCAGACACCUUCUCCAGAUCUUUUCGCCACCAAUGUCAUGCCAUAUACCAACAUGGCUAUGCCAGAGCCGCCCGUGAUUAACCUCGAGGGCACCUUCGACAUGCCCAUCGACCUUGAAACCAUCUCUCGGCCCUGUUCGAUGAGCCCGCCCCCGAUGCUGCCACCCAUGUCUACCAUCAGCAUGCUUAGCUAUCUGACCCAGCCAACACAGCCAAUCAACCUCGUGCGCCAUCUUACAUUCCAGACUGGCCGUGGUCUGACCAACCACUUUUGGUGGGAUAUUCGAAACGUGAGACCUUGGAAGUCGUUCUCCCUCCAGACCAUGUCUGCAAUCCCUGACCUCCUGACCCUGCUCAACUUCCAACACGAUACCUCCUGUUUACCGGGUAAUAACCUGAGCACCACAACCGUGACACCCGGCUCAGAGACCGACCUUGCCAACUUGAUCUCGAAGAUCUACUUCCCUAAAAUCAACGCCGCCACGAGACUAUCCCUAGGCAACAACUCCAUCUGUCUGUACCCGGCACCCACUCCCACAGGAUCCGGCCUUAGUGCCAACUCCGCCAAUACCCCUACCUUUCUUGCGAACUACCCGAGCGACAACGAUCGCACUCUCUCCGGGCUCCCAAGAGGCCGUGUUGUCGGCCUUGUCCGGUCGUUUGAUCGCUGGAACACUGGUAUGCGCCUCGAAGGGCCGGCACGCAAGGUCGAGUACCUGCGCACUCUAGCGCACCUGCAGAAAUGCAUGCGCGAGCACAGUUGUCGGUACGGUUUCAUCAUCACCGAGAUCGAACUUGUCUGUGUCCGUGCGGGGUGCGAUGAGCGUGGCCAGCCAUACUUCGGCUUUGUUGAAGUCGCCGAAGCUGUCGAGACCAAGACUUUUGCUCGCAACGAGAGCCAGGGCGAGAGCGGAGUCAACCUGACUGUUACCUUGGCGCUGUACUAUCUCCUCAUGCUGGCCAAGGCGACACCACUGCCCGGGCAACCAAGCAGUUUCAUGGACGUCGGCGGACCCGGUGCUCUGACGAGGCAACGCGUGUGGGAUGGGGGCCAGCAUGGUGAAAGCGUGCUAAGCAUUGAUGAGGACGGUGACGUCGAGGAGUUGGGCAAGGAUGGUAAGGACAAGUGGAUUCCUGAGCCGCAGAUGGGCGAGAAGAGGGAGGCAAGGACAGUGAGAGGAUGGGUCUGGCCAGCUGAUCCAUGGCAUAAAAGGGAGGGUGAAAGAGGUGAGAGGGGUAGUGGAAGGGGCAAGAGAGGAUAA